AGCUCAAGCACGCUGCACCUCCCCAUUCCUCCACUAAUAAACAUGGCUGAACUGAAAACGGACGGUGAAUUACAGGACUGAACGCGUCUGCAGCAGAAGCACAGGACUCACACACAUACACACUCUCCCUCAAACUGUUGAUUCAGGCAAGAAGACUGAACAUGACGUGAACGUUUAUACGGGGAAACUAAAGCAGCAAAAAGUUUGACAGCCGCCAACGAAGAGAGACUUCAGCGGGACAGACAGAGACUGAGCUCAGAUACUACUGCACACUGAGCAGAUACUAAAUACUGCUUUUGCAUUUAUGGAAAUUAUUCUUUAAACGCCUCUUCUACUGAAGAAACCGUGGAUUUGUGGCUCUGAGCUAGCACAAAACAGUUUUGGUUUACGUUUUAAGAUUCUUAAGCUGCUCUUGUAUGGAUUUACUAUUCGCAUUUUUGUUGUAUCGGCUCGUGUAAACGAUGUUCUCCGGUAAACAAACCAAGCCGACUUUCAAGUCUUAUCUUCCUCCACUUCAGACCGAUUUGAAGAAAAGUCCACAACUGCCUAUCAAGAAGCUAGAAGCAAAACUUUUACCGGGUGAAAUAGUUGUGAACGAGGCGAACUUUGUAAGAAAGUGCAUCGGUGCAGACAGUGGUCAGGAUGACCUUUGGGGCAAACUUGUGUGUACCAACUUCAAGGUCUCCUUCAUUUCCCAUAAUUCAUUGCCACAGCAGAGAUUUCAGUGUACCCACCGGCUUCUGGGUGAGCAUGAUAUCCCGCUGGCUUGUGUGGAGCAGGUAGUAACAGUGAAUGAUGUUAAAGGGAAGCAGAAGAUCUUAGGAUCCAACCAGAAGCUGAAAUUUAACCCUACUGAGCUUAUUCUCUACUGCAAAGACUUCCGGAUCAUCCGAUUCCGCUUUGAUGAAGCUGGACCUGAGAGCGCUAAAAAGGUAUGUCUGGCCAUCGCUCAUUACUCCCAUCCUGCUGACCCACAGCUACUCUUUGGCUUUGAAUACGUCGGAAAGCGAUAUCAUGGAUCAGCGGGUGAGCGGGUGAAUGGUGUUGACCCUGGCGGGGGUUUGCAGACUCCCCUGUUUGACUGUUCUUCAGAUUGGGACAGGGAGAUCAAGCGUACCGGUGCCUCUGAAUGGAGGGUGUGUACCAUCAAUCAAGGCUAUUUCAUCUCACCCAGUCUACCUGAGUUCUUUGUGGUUCCGGUCUCUCUAGCGGAUCAGGAUCUGAAGCAGUACGCCUGCUGCUUUUACUCGCAGCGCAUCCCGUUGUGGUGCUGGAAUCACCCCUGUGGAAGUGCUCUGGUUCGCAUGUCUAACAUCAGUGACCCGCAACAACAGAGAAAAGUGGAGCAGAGGAUUUCCAGUGCCAUCACUAAGAGCCACCCACUGCGCAGUGAUGUCUUCAAGUCGGAUUUAGACAAAAACCUCCCCAACAUCCAGGAUAUUCAAGCUGCUCUUCUUAAACUGCGACAGAUCUGCGUUAUAGAGUCAUUUGAGGAGUCUGAAGAGAAAUGGCUGUCAUCCUUAGAGAGUUCAAGAUGGAUGGAGUACGUCAGGACAUUUUUGCGGCACGCAGUGGAGGUAGUCUAUAUGCUUGAGAGCAGGCAUGUGUCUGUCAUACUCCUUGAGAAGGAGGACCGGGACCUGAGCUGUGUGAUUUCCAGUCUGGUGCAGCUGAUGUGUGAUCCACACUGCAGGAGUCUGCAUGGCUUCCAGGCUCUGAUUCAAAAGGAGUGGGUGAUGGCUGGGCAUCGUUUCCUGGAUCGCUGCAACCAUCUGAAGAAGAGUGAUAAAGAGGAGUCUCCUUUGUUUCUGCUGUUCCUGGACUGUGUGUGGCAGCUGUGGAAUCAGUAUCCAGCAGCGUUUGAGUUCACUGAGGUCUACCUGACGGUGUUGGGGGACAGUAUGUGGGUCCCUGUUUUCAGCACCUUCCUCUUUAACUGCCCGCGACAAAGAGCAGAGCACAGCAGGGAUUUUGCAAGCAGUAAAAGUAUUCACCUGGGGCAGGACCAGGCUCUGCGUUUUCCUCCAGUGUGGGACUGGUCUCAACAGUUCAGCCUCAAAGACCAGACUCUUUUUAAUAAUCCCCUGUACGUGGGCAAGAUCGCCACCUGUUUGCAGAACGGCACAGUGAAGACCUUCACACACAGGCGCAGCAAGAAAAACUACAGUUCCACUGUGCGCGGUUUGCCUUCACUCAUGCGCAAUGGAUCUCUUGGGCCGAACGACACCCUGACCCGCCGAAACUCUCUUGUGCUGCGUCUGCGUUCUGACUUGUCUCAGGUGCGGGAGCAGCCGGAGACUCCGUCAGAGCGCUUCGUUCGGGACUUCUUUUCUCGGGCUGUCGAUCUGCAAGGCCUGCUGCUCCCCCAGCUCCUCCCAUCUCACCUCUCCGUCUGGAAGCUGUACUUCCUACGCUGGGUCCCCGAGGCCCAGAUCCCACACGGCGGGCCUGUCACUGCCUUCCACAAGCUCUCAGUGCUCACAGACGAGAUCGAAAUGCUCCAGAAUCAGCUGAGGCAGUACAAAGGAGCAGCCGGGACUGCUAACACAUCCCACGCGGAGCACAGCAAAAUGUACUUUAAGGCCACUUCCACUCCUCAGCAGUGCCCUGCUCCUCCAGAAUACCUCAGCUCCUCGUUUCCCUUCUCUCCUGUGGGCAAUCUGUGUCGGCCCGGCAUUUUGGGGACUCCUCUGAGCAAGUUUCUCAACGGGGCCAAGAUCUGGCUCUCUACAGAGACGCUGGCCAAUGAGACCAUCUGAAAGUGGAUCAACAUGAAGAUCUUGCGUGAUGUGAAUGUGCAGGCUUGUGGUACGGACACGUUUUUAUUCAGUCUGUUGAGAGCCGUCGGCUGGUGAGGUUUUUUUAAUUUUUUUUUUAUUCUUGCACAUGAUUAAAUAUAAUGCUCCAAUCGCACAUCUUUCUGACUUGGGAUUGUUUGGAUCUGUUCUACCUGUGUUGUGGUGGAUUUUAUUUUCCUUGUAGAGUUUGUGGCAUUAGAUGGAAAGGAAGGUAAACCGGUAAUGCUUUGCAUAUUUAUGGUUCAGUUUGUUUACAUUAGAUAAAGCAUUAGCUAUCAUGAACAAACUAUAAAUGGUUUAUAGAACACAAAUUAGUAUGUACAUUUCACAUUUCAAAUGUUUUUACAACUUUUACAUUCAUUUAAAUGAAUUUUAUUCUGUUUAUUCCUGUGAUAGCAACUUCAGCAUGACAUGAUCCUUCAGAAAUCAGUCUAAAAUGCACAUUUGGUUUAUUUGGUAUGAUUAUCAAUGUUGUAAAUGGUUAAACUGCUUAAUGUUGGUUAAAAACAAUGCAUUUCUUUCUGGACUUUUUGGCUAAUAUAAAGUUCAGAGGGAUCACAUAUAUUUAGAAUGCAAAUCCUUUGAGAAUUUGUGAAAACAUUCAUUUUAAAUUAGCAAGGAUGCUUUAAAUUGAAAAUGAAAUUGUGAUUUAUUUUCUUAAAAAAAAGUCUUGCCGAUGCCAAAUUGUUAAUUUAAACAAUUUGAAUUCAUUUUUAUCCGCAACACAUUCAAUAAUGUUAACACAACUUAAAACUCGAACGAACAAUAUGCAGAGCUUGUGUUUUUCAGCCAGUAAUGAACUUCUGGUGAAAGCUUAAUGUGACUAUUUUCAAUUAAAUAAGCUUCCUUUUCCAGCAUGGAUGUUGUAAUGCGAAUAAAAUACAAUCAGUUAAAUACACUUAAGCAUCCAUUUGGUUGUUAAAGCGUAAAAGAGACCAAAAUACAUUUAAAGGUAGGUGCCGUCAUUAGCUGCAGGCUAGCGGAAACAACUCCAUUGAAAAUACUGGGGUAAAAUUCAUUUUUAGUAUGCAAGAAAGAACAUUACAAAGAUACAGUAUGAACAAAGAGACAAACAGGGUACAUAAAUACAAUUCCAGCAAAUUAAACAGGUUUAACUGAUUUACACCAAGAAAGAGUUUUACAUGCAGUAUAAUUGUUAGAGUCUUCACAUAUAAAUCAAAGUCCUUUCUGAAAAUAAAAAGUAAAGGUGUUUUUUUUAAGAUUUACAUUUAUGAAUGUAAAAUUUAGCCAAAAAAAAAGCAAUAAAUUCAUUAUAAAAUGACAAUGAGAAGGAUCUAAUUUAAGAGAUUAAGCAAAGAUUACAACUUUUGGGAAAAUACAAGAGAAUGAGAAAGAAAAGAAAGUAUUUUCCUUAUGAAAUUGGAGGUCAACCCAAAAAACUACACUAAGUGCACUACCAAAAUAAAUGAUUUAGUGUUUCAUCAUGUUGAGUACAAAAUGUGGAAAUAUUAAAUAAUAAAAGGGGAAAUAUUGUUAGUAAAUUUAGCUAGUUUGGUAGAAAUCAGAUCUUAAAUGGAUCGAUUUUGUAUGGGAUGACAAUUCACCGGAAGCCCCGUUGCUGGCUGACUGAAAUUAUAACUCCAUGUGCAAAUACCCCAUUGAAUACAAUUAAAGAAUGACCAUUAAAUGCAUGUUCCUGACAGCUAAUGCAUUAAUUAAUGAACAAACUGAUCCUCAUUAUAAGGCAUUAUCACAGAACUGUAAAUGAAAUCUGUAAAAUGUACAUAUCUUUUCAUAGAUUUAAGAUUUCUUGAAGCCUUCUGGCAAGGUCUAACUGUAGCUAGCUUUAUUAAAAUCAGUAACCAAAAUUGUGAAACUUGAUAUAGGAGCGGACAGGGUUUAUCAGCGUAAACCCCACAGCAGGCAAUAACUGAGCACAUACGGGCGUCUGUCAGGCGGGCUGGAACCGCGCUCGCUCUCUCUUUGAAGCACAGCAUUGGUUGUUUGAAAAUGACUGACAGCUGCUCGAGCCAAUCAGCUGGUUGAUUUGAUGAGAAGCGAAGCAGUCGGCAUUUUAAAUAGCAUCUGAGUGUCAGAUAAGACAUUUUCAGUUGAGGAAAUAGUGCUGCUGCACCUGUGAACUUUUGCUUUAGUUAUUCAGAGUUAUUUUAAUAGUGCAGCCGUGAUAAUGAUGUUGGUUUGAUAUGUAGCCUUUACACAUUAUUGAUUUUCUUUUAUUUGUGGUUGGGGAUCACAUUUUUAUUUUAUUCAGAACAAAUUAUAGUUUGUUUUCUCCUAGAUCUGGUACUCGCCCGUUUUCCCUGAUUCCCUAGUCUGAAGUAAUGCACAGUAAGAGUGUAGUUUACCGAGAAUGCUGUCAUGAGUAUGACAACUGUGUUUGUUUGUAACAGCACGGUUUGACUUGUCAAACAGCACUGAUAUUUAUUCAGUUAUGCAAAGAAACUAAAACAGGGAUAUUGUACAAAUCCUCUGUGCCUUGUUUCGGCCUCUGAACUGCAGUGAACCUGUUGUUUUUCUGGAUAUUAAAAAAGAAGAAACUUCAUAGCUCAUGGUGGGAGUUUUUCAUUGGUGUGUAAAUGAACAAUGCUGACUAAUUCCAAAGCUUUGUGUGGAAAUGAAUCAGAUGUUGGACUGUUGCGUUUUAAUAAAGGUUACUUUGGUUUGUUUGUGAGCUAGCAAUAUGCAAAAUCUGGCUCUUCAGAUUUUCAAGCAAAUAAAAACAAUUGCCCUAUUUGACU